AUGGACUCGAAAGACCACCAACUGUACCAUGUCCCGGCAGGUCCUCUACCACCACCAAGCUACUCAGAGGCAACGACAACAGAUCCUCUCACAACAGAUGGCUUUAUGUCGCCUAUGACAACAACAUCCAGCCCCGUCGCCUUCAAUGUCUCGGUGUCACCAAUGGCCAUGACACCUAUAACCUCUCGAUCGACCGAGUCAUUCACAUCACCGCCCCUUACUGAAGCGGAUCUCAACUCUCGCAACCAUAGCACACUCGAAGUAGCACACCCCCCUCGAGCCGACUCUGAUUGCCUUCCACAAGCCGUCAUUCACGAUGCGCCCGAGCUUGCGCUCGUGGAAUACGCCCAUAAUCGCGACAACCUUCCUAUGAUUAGUACAACACCACAAACAGAUAUCGAAUAUGCUUCUGGUUUGGAAGUCAUACCUGCACCUCCGGGAUCGAAUACUGUGACACCUCUACACUUGCUUGGCGACGAGCCUGAAGCUAUUGAUUGUCCGUUUUGUCUACGGCGAAGCGAAACAAUCGUCAAGAAGAAACCUUCCAGCACAACUCAUCUUCAGGCUGUUGCGUUGUUGAUGACAACAGUCUGUGGAGCAGUCGCUCCAUAUAUGGCAAAGUGGUCAUUCGACAUUGAGCACAUUUGCGACAACUGCCGAAAUAGAGUCAUGUACAAAGCAAAAGGGAAGGAUAUUAGGAUUUGUAAAGCACCGGAAGCCUGGAAGGAGGAGUCAAAAUACCCCAGUGUCAACACUAGCAUGAGUCCAGUGACCCAGUGA